AUGGCGUCCUCCGAUCUUGAGGCUGCCACUGCGCUGAAGGCGCAGGGGAACAAGGCGUUCGCGCAACAUGAAUGGCCCGCCGCCAUCGACUUCUACACACAGGCGAUAGAGAAGUACGACAAGGAACCCACCUUCUUCAGCAACAGAGCUCAGGCGCAUAUCAAGCUUGAAGCGUACGGAUUUGCGAUUGCAGAUGCCACCAAGGCACUGGAGCUUGACCCCAACUUCAUCAAGGCAUACUGGAGACGAGCCCUUGCAAACAGCGCCAUCCUGCACUACAAGGAAGCCCUCAAGGACUUUAGGGCGGUGGUUAAGCGGGAUCCGGGAAACCGCGAUGCGAAGCUGAAGCUCGCUGAAUGUGAGAAGCUGGUCCGCCGGCUGGAGUUCGAGAAGGCCAUCGAAGUCAGCGACCCGCCCUCGGCUUUCGAGAGCCUGGAUAUCGACUCGAUUGCUGUGGAUGCUAGCUACGAUGGCGUGCGGUUGGAGAAGAACGAGAUGACACAGGAGUUCAUCGACGAUAUGAUCGAGCGGUUCAAGAACGGCAAGAAGAUUCACCGCAAGUACGUCUUCCAAAUAAUCAAGGCCGUGAAGGACAUCGUCUACGCUGAGCCGACGAUGGUGGAGGUUGGCGUCGAGGAGGGCACCCGCUUGACGGUCUGUGGUGAUACGCACGGACAAUACUUCGACCUGCUUGAGAUUUUCCGGUUGAACGGCUAUCCGAGCGAGACGAAUGCUUAUCUCUUCAACGGUGACUUUGUGGAUCGGGGAUCGUGGUCGACUGAGAUUGCUCUGCUUCUCUACGCGUACAAGUGGCUGAGACCCAACCGCAUCUUCUUGAACCGUGGCAACCACGAGACGGACGACAUGAACAAGGUGUACGGUUUUGAGGGCGAGUGCAAGGCUAAAUACAACGAGACCACCUUCAAGGUCUUCUCGGAGUCCUUCUCCGCUCUGCCCUUGGCCACGUUGAUCGGUAACAAGUACCUUGUUCUCCACGGUGGUCUCUUCUCCGACGACAACACUACCCUCGAUGAUAUCCGCAAGUUGAACCGCCAUAACCAGCGCCAGCCGGGCCAGCAGGGGUUGAUGAUGGAGAUGCUCUGGACCGACCCGCAGACCCAACCUGGUCGUGGACCCAGCAAGCGCGGUGUUGGUCUUCAAUUCGGACCCGACGUCACCAAGCGCUUCUGUGAGAAGAACGGACUGGAGGCGAUCAUCCGAUCGCACGAGGUUCGCAUGGAGGGCUACGAGGUCGAGCAUGAUGGACGCUGCAUCACGGUCUUCUCGGCGCCCAAGUAUUGCGAUUCCACCGAGAACAAGGGUGCUUUCAUCAAGAUUGGGCCUGAGCUCAAGCUUGAGUACCAGGUCUUCGAGGCUGUUCCCCACCCUGACAUCAAGCCGAUGGCCUACGCACAAAGCUCCCUCAUGUCUAUGAUCUUUGCCUCCGUCUCAGCUCGUGAGCGCUGGCCGAUCAUCCUGACAGGUGCCAUUGAUGACCUGCACCGCACCGUUAGCGAGACAACCGAUGAGGAAAAGCGUCGGGAAGGAAAGGAAAUCACCGAGAAGCUCGCAGCAUUCAAGUAUGAGCUGCAGCAUAACAGACAAUUGACCCCCCUUCCCGACGACGGCCAACCCGAUAUCGCAGACUACAACAAGGAGCUCGAAGAACGGGGGAACCCGGCAUGGCAUGAUGUCUCGUGGCUUUACUCAGAAUGCUACCUCUACAGACGGUUGAGCACCCUUUUCUCGCUCUCCAAACACUGGAAGGGCUAUGACGUGUUCGCCCGGCAGAAGCUCUCGACCUUCAAGUCAUCCCGUCCUGCUGUUCUCGAACUGGCGGCCCGAUACAAGGAGCUGGCCACGGAAGCCGAGAAGGGCGGCAACGAGGGCCGCAGCGCGGAGCAGGUCGAGCAGGCGGAGCGGGUGCUCUUCUCGGAGAUGUGCGAGAUCUGCCUGUGGGGCAAUGCCACCGACCUCUCCCUCCUGACCUCGCUCACCUACGAGGACAUCCAGAAGCUGCAGGGCUCCAAGGCCCGCAAGGCUGCCGAGGAGAACAUCCUCGUCAACGACCUCGAUGCCGCCUUCGACGUGCUGCAGCGGGCCCGGCGCGAGCGCAAAACCCAGGAACGGCGCGUCGACAUCGUCCUCGACAACUCCGGCUUCGAGCUGUUCGUCGACCUCAUCCUCGCCGGCUACCUGCUCUCCGCGGGGCUGGCCACGACCGUCGUCCUCCACCCGAAGGUGAUCCCGUGGUUCGUGUCCGACGUCACCCCGCCGGACUUCAUGGCCCUCAUCAACGCCCUCGCCGACGCCCAGGGCUUCUUCACCGCCGCCGACGAGUCCGGCCGCACGCACGACCCGCUGUCCCAGAAGGAACUUUCCGAGGUGACUUUCCUGUUCGACCACUGGAGCCACCUCCACGCCGAGGGCAAGCUCGUCAUCCGCCCGCACGCCUUCUGGACCCUCCCCGGCGGUUACUGGCGCAUGCCGUACCUCGCCCCGGAUCUCUACGAGGAUCUCAAGCAGAGUGAACUCGUUCUCUUCAAGGGUGAUCUCAACUACCGCAAGUUGACUAAUGAUUCCACCUGGGACCCAACCACCCCCUUCACCACCGCCAUUGGGCCCCUCGGCCGCCCCGACUCCGGCAUCCGCGUCAUGGCCUUCCGGACCUGCAAGGCCGACGUCGUGGUCGGUCUCCCUGCCGGCGUGGACGAGAAGCUCCGCGCCCUGCCUGACGGCGGCGGCGCCGAGGCCCGCAAAUGGGCCUGGAGCGGCAAGUGGGCUGUUGUGUCGUUUAGUGAUGGCAAGCAAGGCUCGAAGUGA